UACAUGCAUUGUCUUAAACUAAAUGUUAAUGCAUCUGUGUCAUUUUCAUAAGCACACAAUAGGCCAUAUCAUUCGGAGAAACAAUGAUGUUUAUUCAAUCAUGGGAUGUAGCUGUUGUCUUAAUUGUCCUUGUGGCAGCUUCAGUGGGACAAUCGCAUCAAAUGUCUGUAAGCAUUGACCAUGUAGUUAAAAAGUCGCCGUGCCCUGAUGCUAAUCGUGACUGUUUUCCUAUCUAUUAUCGGGUUUGUGUCGACCUCAUUGAAGACAGCAGAUCGUGCUCUAGAACAUCCCACACUUGUAAUGACCCAUUCCACUGUGUUGGCAUGAAAAUGGACAACAAGCCCUUUCCACGGCUACUACUUCCACAGCAGACUGUCACCAAUGAAACAUUUAUCAAAAUCUCUAUUGCUGAAAGUGUUUCGGAGGGUAACCCUUGCAGAACGGCUUCAGCACUUGAUUGCCGGUAUUUGAACACAUCGUAUCAAUUCAGCAAUGUAAAUUUCAGUUUCCAGGUAACCCUGUCAGAUAUACCCGCUACAUCAACCUUCGUCUCAACGCCUAUACACACUGAUCCGACUACAUCGCUGCCAUCUAGCGGAGUUAGCAGUACAUCAUAUCCAUCGACCGGUUCAUCGACGUCAACAUUGACGUCACCAUUGCUUUCAACAAGUGGGGAUAUUAAUCAAACGUCUGUGACAGCUUCACCGACCGGUAUUUCUCUAACCUCUACCCGUGGUAUAACGUCACCUCCUCCCGACACAGAAACGGCGGCAGGAAAAGGACCUUUGGUCGGUGGAAUUAUUGGUGGAUCUGCUGCCGUCAUUAUUGCCGUCAUCAUCGCUUGUUGUUGCUGGAAACCCAUGUGUAGAAGCAAUGCUGUAGUACCGACGGUAGCAGACACAGCAGUGUAUAAUCAGAAGGUACAGAUAGGCCCACACGAGACGUUUCCACAGGACGUCAAACCUUCGCUACCACCUAUAAAAGCUUCAGGUCAGGUCCUGAGGAAAAAGAAGAAAAGGAAGAAAAAGAAGAAACGUCCUGACACACCCGAGAGGGAGGACACGGGAAUGUCAGCAGUGUCUACUCAGAGGGUACAGCUAGGCCUACCGGAGACGUUUGGACAGGACGUCAUACCUUCGCUACCACCUAUACAAACCUCAGAUCAGGUCGAGGAAGCGCCCCAGUUCACCCCUAACCUAGAGAAAGUAGACGAGCAAGCACACAUGAUGACAGACCACGAAACUAAAUCUAAAAAAAAACGUGGGAAUAAGAAACAGGAAAAGCGUGAGAGAGAGAGAAAGGAAUUGAAGGAGCAGAAUAAGGGCGAAUCUGACAUCGAGCAAGAGCAGGAACAAGCCAACUUAAUGAUCAGCAAUGAAACUACAGCUAGGAAGGAACGUAAAAAGAGAAAGAAAAAGGAAAAGCGAGUCAUGAAGAAAUUAGAAUACCCUGCUACGAUGGAUGAACAAACGAGGAACGAAAACACAUUCUACCUGUCAGCACAAACGCACAACGCUGAUAGGGAAAUGGGGGUUGAUGGUGAAACAGAGGUUGGUGUUGAGGCGGAGGCAUCGGAUACCGAAAUCCAAGAUUAUACAAAUACUCACCAACCCCCUGGCAGGAAGAGGAGGAGGAAACUACAGAAGGAAUCGGAAGACAAGGAGGAGUUACUUAUUAUUAUGAAUGAUUAGAUGUGAGUGCUUUAGAUGUGUGACGUAAGCAAAUCAUAAGGUUUCUUAGAUACACUGUCGUGGGUAAAUGUCCAGUAUUCUGUCCAUUCUAUUAUCGAGACAUUUUGCAUUUUGGAUGAAGAUUGGAUCAAGAUGUCUUAAUUAAGACGCGAUUCUAAAGCUAAAUCGGAGCGUUUAAGAUCUUUAGAAUGUUGCCAAUCAUAACCUGUGUUUUCAUUUUAUACGCAUAAUUUUAGGACCGUUAAGUGUAGAUUGAAACACACAUUUAUUGGUCUAAGACUUCAAGUCUAAAGAUAAAGUGAAUUUGAAGGUUUAAUAAGUUCAAUGAAGAUGGUAUCCUAUUAAAGAUACAAAACAAAGCAAAUAUUUUUUACAAGAUAUGUACCUGUAAGUAAAAUGUGAUAUAUAAGAAAUAUGGAAGCAUUUUGCAAUGUCUCAUUUCUUUUAUGAAAUUGUUUCAUUUAUAGCAUUUUCCCUAAAUUGAACGUAAGGAAUUGUUACUUUCUUUGUCAUGUUUAGAUCAUUUAGCCAACUAAACCUUAAUACGUAAGCAGAAUAAACAUGUAUACAUUAAAACAGUAUUUCAAUUCGAAAUGGAAUUUUACUAACAAUGCUUCUUUCAAUUUUUAAAUCGCCAAUUUUAUUUUCCUUAUAUGUCAAUGAUUGUGAAAUGCAA